AUGUCUUACUCUCACAAUCAUCUCGGGGGCUCGGUCCCGACGCACCAGCGUUUCCCAACGAGCCACAGCGGCAUCUCUCUAACCGUCGUUCAAGGGCCAACCAACGCAAAGGUAGCCACCGGAAAAGAAAAGGACCGCAAACCGAUCGAUCCGCCUCCCAUUGUCAGGCUCAUUGUUGAACCAAGAAACUUUGACCGCAGCUUCUAUGGCAACCCCGACAACUGCCUCUUUAAUCCCUUCUGGAUUAUGUACGUCCACUUGAUCAACGCCGACCAAGACAGCAAGCAAGACCCCGAGGUGACUAAAAAAGCACUAGUCGGCACGACUUGUUCCUCCUUACACAAGUUCAAGGACCCCAAUAGUCACGAUGCCGGCUACUUUGUGUUUGGGGAUCUCUCGGUCAAGUACGAGGGAUGCUUCAAGCUGAAGUUUACCCUGUACGAGAUGCGAAGAUCAGAAGUCGUUAUGUGCACGACUGCUACUUCGUCAGCUUUCCAAGUGCACACCCAAAGAACAUUUCCAGGAAUGGCCGAGUCAACCUACCUGACCCGCCAUCUCAGCGACCAAGGAUGCCGGCUGCGUCUUCGAAAGGAUUCACGCCAGGCCACAAACCGGAAGCGCCAACUCACGAUCAGCCUAGAGGCGGAGCGUGCCCGCACGACCGGCCCAUCGCCCAAGCGGCAUCGUGCAGAUGGCCCUGGCGAAGUGCUUCACGACGGGAUCCAGACCCACACAGCUUUGCAGACCAGCUCGGCAGGCAGCGGCGGAUACGUGGGAGGAUUCCCUCAGCACCAGUACCAAAGCCCGUACCAGAGCUCCAGGCAGCUCAGCAGCAGCAGACAAAUGAGCGGAAACAGACUGGCUCCUCCGGCCAUGUCCGUGACGCCCAACUACACGACGGCACCGCUCCUUUCCAGCUAUACGACAGCGCCCAUCGCACCAAACUUCACGACGGCUUCUAUGGGGGCGACCCUGCCGGCGACGUCCAUGGGGACACAGUCAAUAGGGCAAUGGCCAGCCACACCGUCGUCCGGUCUGUCAGCCGCUGCUUCGUUGCCCUCGGCUUCGCCCACUCAGAGUCCUCCUGAUAUGGUUCACCCCAACUCUUAUUACCGCCUCAACUCGUCUCUUAUUUUUACUGGGGAUAUUUCGACGUACGAGGGUGAAGACGCACUGCCUGACGAAAUAUUUGCCAGAGACUACCCGAAAGAUAGUUUCUGGGCCAUGACGGAAGAGCGUAGAAGGGCCGGCCACGGGACGGGCAAUAUUGGCGCCUAG